AUGUCCAACACUAUAUUCAACCUUUCAAAUGUGCAGAAUACUUUAGUCAACUCACCUACAGAAGGAAUAAAAAUGCUUCCUUUGGAUAUUGUAGUAAAAAAAGACACUAAGCUUUGUUAUUGCGAAGCCACUAUUUUCAUCAAGCAAUAUGUCAACAACCCUGAAGUAGUUUUAAUUUGUAUGACCAACGGUCAUACCAACCAUGUUCCUGGCAACACUUCUGAAAUUAGAACAUUGCCUUUACCUUCUGAGGCCAUCAAAAUUAUUGAAGAUCAGUUAAAAGGGGGCAGCACUUGUAGAAAUACUAGAAUUUCAGUUUUGAAACAAAUUGAAGAGUGGGGCGUAGGCAUUAGAAAGCCCAAUUAUGAAGACAUCUAUAACAGAAUGAGAAAGGUGUAUGAAGAAUAUACUGUAAAGUUUCACCCUGAUGAAAAUAAGUCUCUGGAUAUUUGGAUGCAUGAGAAGUUACCAUCACAGAACUACUGUAUCUUUACUGGCGGUCUUUCUGCAUACAGCAACAAUGCACAGCAUUUUGUGUUUGGAUUUCAAUCACCAUCUCAAAUGAUGCUUAUGAGAAUUUCCCGGUCGUUUUGUCUUGAUGCAACAUACAACAUCUCUGCAUGCAACAUUGAAAUAUUAUACUCGCUUGUUACUCGUCAUCCUGAUACUGGAAAAGGGUCUCCUGUUGCAUAUAUGAUUACAAAUGAUCAUAGUGUUAGCCCCAUUAAUCAAUGGCUUGUACAUCUUCGCAAGAAAAGCUGUUUCACUCCCUUAUAUAUUACCAUCGAUUGUAGAAUUGCUGAAGUUAAUGCAAUUACAGCAGCAUUGCCACAGGCCAUCAUCCAUUUCUGCGAGUUUCAUGUUUUGCAACAACUUGGCAAAUACAAGUAUGAGCUCAAGGCCAAUCUCAAAAAUAUACUUAUUGAAUCAGAUGAGAAUGAAUUUUUGAGAAAAAUCCAGAAGUUUAGACUUUGUGUACAAAGUCAGCAACAAUUCCUGACUUAUUUCGAACAUAAAUGGAUUGGAACAGAAGAAUUGUUGAGAAGAUGGGGAAGGCCAUAUGUUGCAAAUGACCACCAAAGAUAUUUGACAAACAAUUACAUCAAAUCACGAUUGGACUAUCUUGUCUUUAUUUUGACAAAUGAUGUGGAGUUCUUUUACAACGAAGAAGUGGAACGAAUCCACAUACAAAAUGGACGAAUGGGUCUGAUUAAAAAUGAACUUGCUCAACACUCUUUUUCUGCCAAUACCAUACAAGAUGACAUGCUCCCUUUCAUGAUCAUUAAUUCUCUUAAUGAGAUUGGCAAUAGCAUGGAGGACUCUAAUGGCAAGUGGACAGUAAAGUCAUUUACAGAUGAAGCACAAUGGGAAAACAACUACCUCCAACUGCAAAGAUUGCUUGCAUCUGAGCAUGAAGUGGCAGCUGUUAAUGAGAAAGUUGAAAAUGAAACAAACACAGUUGUUGUAAGUGGUAGAAACAAUUCUGUUUGGUUGCAAAGAUUCAUGACCCAGAAUACAACACUUCAUCAUCAAAGAGAAGACUUAGAGCAGUUGAUGGAUGUUCCAGGAAUUGAUGAAGCUGAAUUAUAA